AUGGGGCCCGAUCCGGCGCCCGGAGACCUCGCGGUGGCCCCGCCAAGCCCCCGGUGGAAGAGGAUGAGGGAGGACUCCGGGCCGGAGCUAUCGGGCCCGGAGUUCAGGAUCCCGGCAGCCAAAUGGCAAUAUCGAGGGACGAAGACCGCGCCGCCUGCGGGCGCCGCUGAGGGCCAGGGGCGACCGGAGGCACCGAGGCCGGCACCAGUCCCCGAGCUGAGCGCGCCGGCGGAGCCAGGGCUGGCAAGCGCGGCGGCUGGGCCGAGGCCAGUGGACACGGCGACGGAGACGGGGCAGACGGACGGGGCUGCGGUGCCGGAACUAGCGGACGCGGUGGCAGAGCCAGAACCGGUGGACGCGAUGUCCUUGCCGGGACCGGCGGAUGCGGUGGCCGAGAGGGUGCCGGCAGACGCGGCGGCUGAGACGGAGACGCAGCCCCGCCAGAGCGUUCCGCGCCAUCCGACCCUACCUCGAGCGUGCCGAGCCCGGGGCGGAUGA